GUAUUUCUCAGGGGACGAAUGGUGCUUCCUGUCUUCAGCUUGGCAGAUGAGCGCGGGCACUGGCCCGCCUGCGAGUCGGUUUGCAGGAGGCAGCUGUUGUAACCGGCACAUCUCCAGUCUUUUGUAGCCAAAUACGCACGUCCUAAUUUCUAUAACAACACUGCCAAAGCUGCUGCUCGGAAAAGCAAGUUUCUUUUGCUGAGCUCACUGGCCCAAGGCAAAAUGAUGGAAUUCAUUACAGAAACGUAUAAAGAACUUAAACGCAUGAAUGUGCGCCAAUUCCUGGGUCAGGCGCUGCAACUAGGGCUCAUUGUCACCUCGGCGCUUAUGAUCUGGAAGUCGCUCAUGCUGGUGACCGGCAGCGAGUCGCCGGUUGUGGUGGUGCUGAGUGGCAGCAUGGAGCCGGGUUUUUACCGUGGCGACAUCCUGUUCCUCAACAUGGGCAAGGCGCCGAUUCGCACGGGCGAGGUGGUGGUGUUCAACCUGGACGGACGCGACAUCCCCAUUGUUCACCGAGUUAUUAAAGUGCACGAGCGCCGUAACGGCACGCACAUAGACGUCCUCACCAAGGGCGACAACAACUUCGGCGACGACCGCGCGCUGUACAACAAGGGGCAGGACUGGCUGCACCAGCACCACAUCAUGGGGAGAGCGGUCGGCUUCCUGCCCAAGGUGGGCAUGGUGACCAUCAUCAUGAACGACUACCCCUACCUCAAGUACGCCCUCAUUGGCGUGCUCGGGCUGCUGGUGCUGACCAACAAGGACGCGUGAUAGGUGGACUGACGGACAACGUUGAUGAUGUUUGGUGGAAGCGGCGUGAUGGUGGUUGUUGAUGGAAGCCGCGAGGAGGAGCAGCGAGGAGGCCGGCGUGAGCGAGCAAGCACGCUCUCACCGCGGUAGCAGCAGAGUGUGGGCGGCACGGUGCUUGCGCAGCGCUGCAAUGCGGGUGCAUGGGAAGGGCUGUCUAUAUUGCGUUUGCGCGCAGGUAUCAGAAUGGGGUUGCUUUCGUUCGCAAAUCAGCUGAGAACGCAAUGCCCAUACGGCGGUCGGCACGGCGGCGGCAACUCAAUGAUGCUGCCCAUGCAAGGUGUGGGCUUUUAACAUAAUGUCUGUAGGUUGUGUCCAAGCAUUAAGGAAAGGUGGCAGGGGCAAAUGUAACACCAUUAGCAGUUUGUAACGAACAGGCUGG